AUGAAUUUGACAAUGAUUAGAGAUGAUUGGGGUAUUAAGAUAAAGGAGACUAAGGUUCAUGAUAAGCUAAUUGAGAAAAUUCGAGAAGCUCAAAGACAAGAUGAUGAUGUAGAGUCACUGAUAGGGAAAAAAGAUGUCUCUUGGGUAGAUCAUGACUUGGUAUUGUAUCAAGGCAGAGUUGUUGUGCCUAAGGGAGAAUUGGUGGAAGAAUUAUUAGUUAAGGCGCAUAAAUGCCAAUUUAGUAUUCACCCAGAAGCCACCAAGAUAUACCAAGAUUUAAAAAGAAAUUUUUGGGGGCCUAGUAUGAAGAAAUAUAUGGCCAAGUUGACAAAGUCAGCCCAUUUCUUGCCUGUUAGGACUGACUAUACCAUAGAGAGGCUAGCUCAAUUGUACAUUAAAGAGAUUGUCAGGCCGCAUGGUGUGCCCGAGAGCAUCGUUAGUGAUAGAGAUUCAAAGUUCACCUCUAAGUUUUGUGGUGCUUUACAGGAAGCUUUUGGGACUUAG